AUGUCUAUCAUUAACUCGGAAACGGAAGACCCACUGCAUUAUCAAACGCCGACAACUGAUACACAGGAAGAAAUCGGAUACACACCAACAAACACUGUGUUCGUGCAUUCAACAGAAAGCACCCAAGGGAAUGACACGCCCACAGAGAAUUUUGAGCCGACUGAAGCCGAACAAAUACCUGGCAUUUUGGACAUUCAGUAUACCCACACAGCCUCUGCCAGUAAUUCAAUGGAUUACACGAAAGAUAGCCCUCCGAUCUUAGACAGUGAUAGAGGUGAAGAAAAGAAAAGUACUUUUAACCGUGAAAACGCAACUGACAAAGAGGAGGGGCCACAAAUGAGUGCAGACCCUGCCAAGCACAUGUCUCAAGAAUUUUUCGACGCUGAUGGAAGUAAAAAAGAGGAUGCAGAACAUAGUAUAGCCGCUUCUGAAAGGCAAGUGACUGUUUCUGCGCAACAACUUCAAAUUGAAACAAACAAUGUCGUGGAACCAGGGGGCAUACCCGAGAACAAGCGUCCUACUACCCCCAGCCUCGAUGACAGAGAAGGUAGUGAAAAGUUACAAGGUAAACAACCGGACACAGUCUCUGAACCCUUUGGAGGUGCGAUGCGUCCAGAAAAUUCUCCAGCAGGUCUACCCUACCAGCCGGUAGUGCCUCUCAGCAUGCAAGGUCCAGUUGUUCAGCCUCCAGCGCCCCAUCCAUGGCCGUUAGUUAGAAAACCACCCCCACAGGCUCCGAAUUUGCAAGGGAAACCCAUGGCCACGGAUAUAAGUGGAAGGAUGCCUGGGUUUCAAACCCAGCAGUUUAAUGGGUUACAGAUGAGUCCGGUCCAGGCGCCAACUGUACGGUUUCCCCAGCCGAGCUGGAAUAUUGACCAACAGGAAAAUAUAAUAGACCAAAUGGCCAAUUCAACAUCUGCGAACGGGCAAAAUUAUGAUGCAUUUAAUUUGGGUACAGCGCCAGGCCGUGUGUCAGCUUCCGCUGGUAGCCAGGCACCGCAACCAUGGGCAACGCCGGAGGCAUUGGGAAGAGUUGAGUUGGUAAACCCACCUUUGGCCAUCUUGCCGCAACACCAACAAGCUGUACCAGUUGACCAGUCGUCAGCCGCCGUUUUGCCCGGCUAUCAAUCGCCGCGGGUUAUACCUCAACACCCGCCUCAGCAAGUACCCGUUUAUGUCCAGCCUCAAGUUGGCCAUUCAGAGAGACGUUUACGGGACAUAUCGGCAGUUCCGGUGGAUGCUGGGCACCCACCUUCAGGUUUCAUUAAUGGUCAACAGUCCGGACCUCCUUCUAUUAUUGCACAAUUUCCCCACGAAUUACCAGCACCGCCCUCAGCACGGGUUCGCACCCCUGAAAUUGCUCGAAAUGGUAAUCUUGAUCCACUGAUGCCAUUACCAGCUCCGAUGGGCUUUCAAAACAGACAGCCACUCAUGCAAACAGAUAACGGCCAACCACUUAUGGCCCCAGUAGAUGGCGCGUAUUCAAGUGAGCAAAGACCUCCAAACGGAGUAUUGGCUUCUCAUCCAGGAGGUGGUGCUCCUGUAAUGCAGCCAGCAAACCAUUUAUCGUCUCCUUUCAUGGAGGACGCUGUGGAAAACGCGGGUGGUAGAAGUGAAGAAACGGUUGAGUCAAGACGUACUCAUGAAGGUUUGCCUUUGCUAACAACCGUGCCCCCUAUUACGCGGUUGUCUGAGGAUAAGCCUGAUGACUCGAAAGCCACCACAUUCAAAGUUCCUUUAUCCUCACAAGGCGAAGUGACCAAUAGUACAACCGGAACAAUUAAAGUGUCAUUCACGAAGCUCGACAAAGGCAAGUUGAAAUUCGGGAAAUCCCUUGCCGAAAGAGUAGCCCACGAUCGAUUUGUGGGUACAAUUGUCGGUAUCAUUCUCUCCCUCUUCAUCGUGAUUGGCCUAGGCGUUUUUGCACUUCAUCUAUAUAAGCCCUGA